UCCCGAUACAAAAAAAAAAAAAAAUCUCCAACAUUCGAACCAAACACCCUGGUAAAAAUCUAAUUCUUUAAAUCACGAAUUAAUUACCCCCGAAAAUUCACCCAAUAAUGAAAAAGUCAAUGGUCAAAUCUCAUGCCCCCACCAACUCUUCCCCUCAAAUAAAAUAAAAUAAUUAAAAAAAAAAAAAAACAAUUGUCACUGUUUUUCAGCUCCUCGACCAGCUUUUCUGUUUUCUCACUUUCUUGAUUCUUCCUCUAUAUAAAUUCCCUCUCCAUUCCUUCAACCCAAUCCCCCUCUUCCUCUUUACCUUCAAUAUUUUCUCUCUUCUUCCUUUUAACGUUUUCUUUUGUUUUUUCUCUCUCAAGAUUUCUACAUUUCUCCCAAUCAAGAUUCCUAGCUUCCAGCUCUGAACAAUUUCCAGAAAUUUCCUAUAGAAUAUGGAGCUUACCCUGAACAAUCUGGCUGCUUAUAAUGGCCAUGGUUCUCUCUUUGAGGACGGAUUUGACUGCAUACCCGACCCGAUUGCCCUCCUCAUCUUCAGCAAAAUCUCCGACAUCAAGACCCUCCUCCGUUGCCGUGCCGUUUCCAAGCGCUUCAACUCGCUGGUCCCCCAGGUGGAUUCCCUCCUCCUCCGUGUUGACCGGGUCAUCUCCGCCACGGAUUCCGACGACGACGAUGGCGACUCUUUCUUCCUCACUUUCCUCCGAUCCAUCGUCAAGUCCUUCCACAACCUCAUUUCCCCCAACAAGCAGACGGUUUUCGCCCACCAGACCCGGGCCCAGAACUCCCCGGCCCAGAUCCUAAGAGGGUUUGAGAGUAUCCGGAGCCUUCAAAUCGAGCUUCCCUCUGGGGACCUCCGGCUGGAGAAAGGGACCACCAUCAAAUGGAAGGCCCAUUUCGGUAAGACCCUCAAGAGCUGCGUGAUUUUGGCGUUCCGUGGCGGAUCUGACGCGGAUGCUACCGGUGGCGGGUUGAAAAUGCGGGUGGUUUGGACAAUUAGCGCCUUGAUUGCGGCCUCAGCCCGGCAUUACAUGGUGCUGGAUGCGGUUAAAGAGCAAAAGGGGUUGAACAAUUUGGUUGUAAAGGACAAAGACAAUGAGGGUUAUGUUGUGAUGGAUAAGAUUGGAUUGCAGGAGUGCAGAGAAAAGGUAGUAGAUGAUGAGGAACCCAACAAUGACAAUAAUGUUGUUAGUAAUAACAAUAAUGAUAACAAUAACAGGGGAGCAGGGGUUUGGUGGAAGAGUAACCGGACCACUGUGCCGGCGGUGAGGAUGAGGAUGAGGCAUGAAGCUAAGAUGGAGUUGUCAAACGGGUUGAAACUGGAAGGAGCCACACUGGUGGUGGUUCGGCCGUUGAACAGCGUUGGUGGCGGAAGUGAGGUGGAGGAGCAGAGUGGGGAUGUGGCGCUGGCAAUGGGAGCUUUCGGAGAGGAUGAACUCUAUGGUGAAGCCGUGCAGAAGCUGCUCAAAAGCAGAAGUUACAUUCUUGAGAUGAACUCUUUCUAAAGUAAGGAAUCGCUGCUGCUGUUUUUGUACUGCACCGAUGCAAUUGAAACCUGUUAUGUGUUCUGUUUUUUUCGGGAACUCUUUAGAGUGAGAUUAGAGAUGAUGGAGCUUUAUUUGGUCUAUUAUAAGAUCGAAUUCUUCUUGUAAUUUGUAUAUAGCUUAUAUGAUGAAUCUCAUGUUUGCUUGUUUGUAAAGAUCCUGAAAUUGCAUCUUUCUUGUUCUUUUACAAGCAUUUGCUGCAAAUUUUGUUUAAUUCUUGCCAAGUAAAAUGAACUCAUAGACUGUUGUUGAGGAAGGGUGGUUCAUCAUAGCUCGUUUAAUCCCAAAAAGAACUAGCUCUACAUAUAUGCAUCAAGUUUGGAGUUUGUUUUGGAAAUAAUAAAAAGUACAGUGGAAACAUGAUCAGGAGAUCAGAACCAUGAUCAUGGCCAGAAUCCAAAGGGAGGGAGGGACUCUUUACUGAUUAUUCUCUGAGGAAGGAACUUCCUGUGAGAUUGUGAUUUCUAUAAAUCUUUUAGUGGGACCAGUUUGAAUCCCACUUGUGGUCUUGCCACCAAUUUGAGGAGGGCACGAUGUCUCUCUAAUUGGAUAGAGAAGACAUAAGAGGGUUGAUAAUGAUAGAAAGAGUGCAUCAAUGUUGUAGUUUGUGGUAUUUAAAUGAACAUGUAGAGUACAGAGCAUCUCUUCUCAAUGAGUCAAUGGUUUUCAAUUUGGUUUACUUUACUGGAUAAUACAUGUUGUCCCCCCAAAUUGUCAAUGAUUAUUGAUUGUACUUGAG